AUGGGAAAGUCGCACAGCGCCGGCUUCGUGAAGACGCACGCCAGUAUUGAAGAGUCACCGGAGAUCGGCAUCGGCAUUCACAAGGUGCCCAUCGUCAUUCCCCUGCCGACGCUCAUUCUGCGGAAGAGCAAGCACCUUGUCGCCAAGGGCAUGGUCUCGCCCAUUGGUUGCGGAGGGGGCGGCUGCGGCGGCGGCGGCGGUGGUGGUUACAUGAUGGGCGGUGGUGGCGGCUAUGGUGGUGGAGGUUAUGGUGGCGGUGGCGGCGGUGGUGGCGGUGGCUACUACUAA